AUGAGUAAGCAAACAUCUUUGUCAAAUUUUUUUAAACAGCCCUCAACAUCAAAUUCAUCUUCAGCAAUUGUGAACGGUUCUGAUUCAGAUGUUAGUGAAAAUGAAUUAAGACCACCACUUAAAAAGGUAAAACUAACUUCAAAAAUUUUGAACUACGAUGAAAGAUAUGUAGAUACCGAUUUGAAUGACAUAAAUGAAGAGUUUUUAUGUUGUUUAAAUUUACCAACGUUUUGUACAUCUGAGGAAAUUUUCAAAGCUAUUUUAGUGUACUUCGACAAAAAUGAUCUAUCUAUUUCCAAGUGUAUUGGUAUAUGUACUGACGGUGCUGCAGCCAUGACGGGAAAGUUUAAUGGUCUUGUAGCACGAAUUAAACAGAUAGCUCAUAAGGAUAUAAUUUCAACACAUUGUUUCAUUCACCGAGAGCAAUUGGCCACUAAAGAUAUGGAUAUAUUCUCUAUUCUCAACGAUUUAAAUUUGAGUUUACAAGGGCCCUAUACUAAUAUUUUUACAUCAAACAAUAAAAUAGAAGCAUUUCUUAACAAAAUCGAACUUUGGGAAAAAAGAUUACAAAAGCUUACGUUUGAUAUGUUCCCAUCUUUUUUAAUAUGGUGGAAGAAAAAAUAA